GGUUUCCAUGUGGUUUCAAGAUUUGCUCUUAACAUGGGAAUCAGCAAAAUUGUGUUCCCAGUUUAUAGAAACAUUCUCGCCUUGAUUCUUCUCUUGCCCUUUGCCUAUUUUCUUGAAAAGAAAGAGAGGCCUCCUCUUACUUGGAACUUCGUCCUUCAAUUCUUCCUCCUCGCAAUUGUUGGGAUCACUGCAAAUCAAGGAUUCUACUUACUGGGAUUGGAAAACACAUCGCCAACUUUUGCCUCUGCAAUUCAAAAUUCUGUGCCAGCAAUUACAUUCCUUAUGGCUGUGUUACUCAGGAUCGAAAAAGUAAGACUAAAGCGAAAAGAUGGGAUUUCAAAGGUUGCUGGGACAAUUCUGUGUGUAGCAGGAGCUUCUGUAAUUACACUUUACAAAGGUCCAACAAUAUACAGCCCUGCUCCACCACUUCAAAGUGCUUCCCCAAUGUUUCUUGCCCUGGGCGAUGCCAAGGGCAAGAACUGGACACUGGGCUGCAUUUUCUUGAUUGGCCAUUGCCUAUCUUGGUCCGGCUGGCUCGUGCUCCAGGCACCGGUUCUCAAGAAAUACCCGGCCCGGCUCUCGUUUACUUCAUACCAGUGUUUCUUCGGAGUUAUACAGUUUCUCUUGAUUGCUGCAUUUAUCGAGAGAGAUGCUCAGGCUUGGCUUAUUCACUCUGGUGGAGAGCUUUUCAGUGUUUUCUAUGCGGGAGUGGUGGCGUCGGGGAUCGCAUUUGCUGUACAGAUAUGGUGCAUAGAUAGGGGUGGCCCCGUUUUUGUGGCGGUAUAUCAGCCUGUUCAGACUCUCGUUGUCGCCAUUAUGGCCUCCAUUGCUUUAGGCGAGGAGUUCUACUUGGGAGGGUACUAUUUACUUUCUCUUCCUUUUCAUUUCCCGUUUGACAAUAUUAUUUUAGUUGUUAAUAAUUUUUGAAAGUUUUUUAAUCUG